CUGUCCUGAGAAGAAGCGGCAUUUCAAGAUGUCGUCGCUGAAUGACAGAUCAGUUUGGGAUGAGGUGGAGGAUGGAAUCGGAGAGGAAGUCCUUAAGAUGUCCACUGAAGAGAUUGUUCAGAGGACUCGUCUUUUGGACAGUGAGAUUAAGAUCAUGAAGAGUGAGGUUCUACGUGUCACACAUGAGCUGCAAGCGAUGAAGGACAAGAUCAAGGAGAACACAGAGAAAAUCAAAGUGAACAAGACUUUGCCCUACCUCGUCUCAAAUGUCAUAGAGCUGCUGGAUGUAGAUCCUAAUGACCAAGAGGAAGAUGGAGCCAACAUUGAUCUGGACUCACAGAGAAAGGGCAAGUGUGCCGUCAUCAAAACUUCCACACGGCAGACGUAUUUCUUGCCUGUGAUUGGUUUGGUGGAUGCUGAGAAACUGAAACCUGGUGAUCUGGUGGGUGUGAAUAAGGACUCCUAUCUGAUUUUGGAGACUCUACCCACCGAGUAUGACUCUCGAGUGAAAGCUAUGGAAGUGGAUGAGAGGCCUACAGAGCAGUACAGUGACAUCGGUGGCCUAGACAAACAAAUCCAAGAGCUGGUGGAGGCGAUUGUUCUGCCCAUGAACCACAAGGAGAAAUUUGAGAAUCUGGGCAUCCAGCCUCCAAAGGGAGUUCUUAUGUAUGGACCACCAGGCACAGGAAAGACCCUGCUGGCCAGAGCCUGUGCAGCCCAAACCAAGGCAACAUUUUUGAAGUUGGCUGGCCCUCAACUGGUCCAGAUGUUUAUUGGUGAUGGUGCCAAAUUGGUGCGCGAUGCAUUUGCUCUGGCUAAGGAGAAGGCUCCCUCCAUCAUCUUCAUUGAUGAGUUGGAUGCUAUUGGCACCAAGCGCUUUGACAGUGAGAAGGCUGGAGACCGAGAGGUGCAGAGGACCAUGCUGGAGCUGCUCAAUCAGCUAGACGGCUUCCAGCCCAACAUGCAAGUGAAGGUGAUUGCUGCCACUAACAGAGUGGAUAUCCUGGACCCAGCUCUGCUUCGUUCAGGUCGUCUGGAUCGUAAGAUUGAGUUCCCUAUGCCCAACGAGGAGGCUCGAGCUCGCAUUAUGCAGAUCCACUCUCGCAAGAUGAAUGUCUGCCCUGAUGUGAACUUUGAGGAAUUGGCACGAUGUACUGAUGACUUCAAUGGAGCUCAGUGUAAAGCAGUUUGUGUUGAGGCUGGGAUGAUUGCGCUGCGACGUGGGGCAACUGAACUUAACCAUGAGGACUACAUGGAGGGCAUUCUGGAGGUGCAGGCAAAGAAGAAGGCCAAUUUGCAGUACUAUGCUUAAAGAGGAGGACUGUAUGUGUGUAUUUGUGCGUAUGUGAGCAUCUAACAGCAGGAUCCAGCACUCCUGUAAACUUGUGCUUAUCAGAUCCAGUGCUGCUCUGAGUAAUGACCCAUGUUCUGAUGGAGACAGAUCAGCCAAAUUAGACUGGACUGCCUCACAGGGAAGACUUAUGGAAUUUUUUUCAGUUAACCUUUAUGUUUGUUUCUCAGUUCAUUAAACACCAAUCUUUUUUCCACUA